AUGCCACCCAAGAACAAGGCCAGUGGCGAGCAACAUUUGAAGAAGGCCACUCGACGCUCUAAUCGACUUCAACCUGAGCCAAAAGCCCCAGAACCUCUCCCCGAGCCACUCAAGAUCAGGAUCAUUCGGGCAGUGGUUGAUACUGCACCUUCCCAUGAAGAAGCCUCAAACCGCUCGACUCCGGCUCCUUCAGCCCACCAGGAGAAGAGACAACGUAAUGAUGGAAGGGAGGAGUAUGUUGAUGCAGGAGACGAGCACGAGAAGCUCAAAGAAAUCCCGGAAGACUACAGGCUACCUUUCCAGCCAUAG